CACCUUCUAAACGUUUUACCGAAGAAGAGAGUAACGUUUGGCCCUCAAAUAAUAGUUUUGCUUUUCCAUUUGAUAUAUUUUUAUUUAUAUCGACAGUAUUAUUGCUCAUAGUGGCUUCUUCCGGAAAAUAUGACUGAGGAUAUUUUGACCACUCUGAAAAUACUGAUCAUCGGAGAAAGUGGAGUGGGCAAAUCCAGUCUUCUUUUGAGAUUUACAGAUGAUACAUUUGAUCCAGAAAUUGGUGCAACAAUUGGUGUAGAUUUCAAGGUGAAAACCCUUGCUGUGGAUGGAAACCGAGCAAAGCUUGCAAUCUGGGACACAGCAGGUCAGGAACGUUUUCGAACUUUAACACCCAGUUACUACAGAGGUGCUCAGGGUGUCAUUCUGGUGUAUGACGUCACUAGGCGAGAGACGUUUGCGAAGCUGGAUAACUGGUUGAAUGAGCUGGAUACAUACUGUACAAGAAAUGAUCUGGUCAAAAUGCUGGUGGGAAACAAAAUUGAUAAGGAAGACCGUGUGCUAGAGCGAGAAGAGGGUCUGAAGUUCGCUAGAAAACAUUCCAUGCUUUUCAUAGAGGCCAGUGCCAAGACAAGGGAUGGUGUUCAGUGUGCAUUUGAGGAGCUGGUGGAGAAAAUCCUGCAAACUCCAGGCUUGUGGGAGAGCGUGCACAAGACAAGAGGAGUUGCCCUGUCUGAACUCCCUGAGACUGGUCAAGGAGGCUGUGGGGCGUAUUGCUCACUUCUCUAACACAAUUUUUUUUACACAGUUCAGGUUAGAUUAGUUAGUGCUAAUGUAUGCAGGAUACGUAUACUUUUUUUUGGCCUAUGUAUCUGUGCAGGCACACAAGCAAAAUUCAAGAACACUCAUGCUUAAAUCAUUAAUCAUUUAACUGGUCCAGUACAUACAAUAUUAGGAUGAUUGCUGAAAAAGAGAUAAGGCUUAGGUUGGGGAACUUUUUAGAAAUUUUUAGAAUUUCACAUUCUAAAAAUUCACAUUUUUUUUAAUGAAAUACAUUUAAAGAGCUCUAUUGAAGUCAAGCAUUUAUGUUUGGUAGGUGGAUAAAAAAGCUGAAUUGCUCCAUUAUACCUCAGAUAAGUUCGCUUCUCAGUUUGUAUAUUUCUCUUAGUGUUUUAUUUUGUUUUGUCCCAGUGCCUGUGUUUCUUAUUUAGGGAGAGGUAAACAUUCAUCAGUCUAACUCGACCUUUCAAACUGCUGGAAUGAGACCUCAGUAGAACACAGAUUUCCAUCAGCAUGCCCUCGCUUGAUGUCUGCAACGUGCGGAACUCCGUUCUUUCUUUAUCUGUCCAUCUUUGGAUCCCACUUUUUCCUACCGUCAGUCACUUGUUAACUCUCUUUCCUCUCUCUCACUACAUGUAUCUGUCUUCAAUUCAGCUCUGUCCCUCUCUACAGAAUAAUAGACUUAUCAAGAUGUUGGAUCUGUUUUACUAUAUUUAUUGACAUGGGCCGCCCACAUAAAAACAUGGUUUUGAAAGGUUUAUAAAUCAAACAGAUUGGCACAAUGCGUCUCUGUUAUAAAUAUAAAAGAAGGUAAAAAAAAAAAAAAAAAAAAAACGGAAUAACAAGGAAUAGAUUAACAAGAAAAGCUUAAUCUCUUGGUUUUGGGUGGGAAAUUUUCACCUGCAGACUCAUGGACACAGUAAAACUUACUGUCUUGAUAUGACUGUCUAUCUUAGAGAAAGGAUGUUUUUUUU